CACAGCCUUGUACAUCUACCUAAACAUUGUACAAUGAAUAAUUUUUUGUGUGUAUCAUUCUUAGUGGCUAUCGCAACCGUAAAUGCCGGCUUCGCAGGCAGUUACGGAGGUCAUGAAGGUUAUGGUGGAGAUGGAGGUGGACACGAUAUUUCCCAUACUGUAGAAAUAACAAAGCACGUACCUAUUCCUGUUUACAAACAUGAAGCAGUGCCAAUUCCACACACUAUCCCUGUGCCAAUUCCAAAACCAGUUGCCGUACCCGUUCCUCAACCCUAUCCCGUUCACGUGAAAGUACCCCAGCCUGUUGCAGUGCCUGUUAUCAAGACUAUCACUAUUCCCGUUGAGAAACCAGUACCUUACAAAGUAGAAAAAGAAAUUCCAUACCACGUUGAGAAGCCAGUACCAGUUCCAGUAGAAAAACACGUACCCAUCAAGAUCCCCAAGCCAGUACCCGUCAAGGUACCAGUAUACAAAGUAGUCUACCAUCAUAGCAAACACUAA